CUAGUAACACUUGCCUGAAGGAUGGAAUGAGACACGAGGCUGGCGAUGGAUGCCGCAUGAAUCCCGUAAUGCAUUCGCACUAGGAUAGACAAUCCAGCACAACCCCCCGACCGCCUCUCCUCGCCCUUGGUCCCCGGCCACGCGAAGUCGCUAACGUUAACAGGUCAUGAUCCUCUGCAGGUUGCCAUUCAUCCGAGUAUAACUACUGGACAGUACAUGCAUGUACAGCAUCUCGCCGACGCCCCUGCAGCCUCGAUCGUCCCCGCUUCUUCUGCACUUCGUCUCUCGCGGAUCUCCGCCCUGAACGUCCUGGAAUCUGGCAGGGACUUUCAUCAAACUCGAUGUACGUACCGACAUAAAGGAGUGCGCAAAGCACAGCAGGAGCGGGUUUGUGGCCAUGGUUUAACUACUAAGAAAGGGAGGGGGGGGGGGCCUCCCUUUCCCACGUCUUUCUGGCCGGGGCGAUCCUUCGCAGCGGACCUCGCCGAGAACGAAGGGCAGGACAGCGCAGUUCGGGAGAAACCCGAGGCGUGUAUGUCCAGACCUGUAUGGACAUACGGUAAGUACAUGCAGGAAGGACAGACAGACGGACAUCCAUCCAUGACACCAAAGAAACGGAACAACCUGGCACGUAAUGUAAAGCUUGGCGUGUUUGGCUUUCCUGCUUCCCCACUCCCCAUCACAUUGUGGACAGAAACAAGACGGGGGAAUUGCUGGGGUGGGCCCCGGUCGAGGUACCUGGUCAGAACUCCGCGAGACAAGGAAAUGGUGCGAAUGGGGGGGGACGGCACGUUCCCACAAACCAUUUCCACGGGAGCCCGGGCGGAUCCACUUGAUCUCGAUCGCCCCUCACCCCAAUCCACACAGUGCCCAUCGUCCCGAGUGUGGACCCCGAGCAACUUGCAGCCCCCCCCCCCCCUUGCACGGCGAGUCGGUCCAGGUCAAUCAGCUCCUGACAGAAACAGGAAACACACAAAACCGCAGCACCCGCCACCGCCUUGUCGGAUUCCCUCCUCGGUCUGCACCCUUACCCAUCUGCCCAUCCGCAACUUGUCGCCUUCUCACGAGUGCGUUGCACCGGAUUGAAGCUCGAGUGUUACCUGGUUUCUCGACAACGAACAAUAGAAAAAAGAAAUUGAAAAAGAAAAAGAAAAAGACAAGGCAAGACAGGAAAGCAAGCGAGCUUAGAACCAGGACUCGGUUAUUUGCCCCCUCGUCGUCACCAUCGAACGACUGCUGCUCUCGCCUCCCGCCCCUUCGCUACCUUAUCUAUCCGUUGCUACGCGCUCGCAUGGUCAGGCGAUUUGGGAGUGGUCAAGUUGCAGGAGGAUAUCGUUGACGGAAUACACAAGAGACCCGCUAUGGAAGCGGGUGGGCUAGGACAGAGGCAAAGGUUUGUGUGUUCCAAGAUAAAAACAUCUACGUUUCCAAAACUGUGCCCCGGACCCUAACUCGUUGC